GAGGCGCAGUUCUGGAGAACAGCCCCUUCUGACAGAGAAGAGGAGGGGAUCUCCAUGUGUGUGGCGAGGAGUCCAGCUCAUCUCAUUUACCAGAUUAGACAAGAUCUCUUUGUCAUAAACGCUCACUCACACAAACCGCAGCCCUCUGAAAUAUUUACUAGCCUCAUGUGGGGAAAUCUCUGAGGAUUAUCCCCAAUAACCUGUUUAACUUAAUCCCUAUCUCACACGCAUGAAUAAUAAAUCCCCCCCACUCGUCUCCCUCUCGCUGGGAUGGACUGAGGAGUAACGCCUCCCUCACCUUGCUCUCCAUCCUCCUCCCUCCCUUCUCCUCUGUCUCACACUCUCUCCAUCUGCUUCAGGAGCCGCUGCACAUCCUUUCUUCUGUCCAAGUCCUCCCGGCCGAACAGGAAAAGUAGCAGUAGCAGGAGCACGGAUGGAGAAGUCCAGCAACAAUAACAGGAAGAGGACGAAGGCCCCGACCCGCCUGUGAGAGUGGACGUGGGGCCGAACAGCUGCGGAUCGCCACUUUGGACUUCUGGGUGGGAAAAGCACAUCAGGAGGAGGGAGACUGUCGGAUCUGGAGAGACUGAAGUUUCUGCUUUUUUGAAUCAAUCCUCUGGGAAUAUCCUCAACUUUUUGAUCGACUCUCUUCAGGAGAGAACGUCUUCAUCAUCUCUGAAGACAAGGAUUGAAAGAAGACAAACCAGCACCUGUUGCUGUCAUUUCUGCUCCCAAAACAAGACAACAAAAGUCAGGAGGAGCUCGGACGCUGGAUCCGGAGGUGUUUUCCAGACAUCUGAAACCAGGAUCCAGCCUAAUUUAAUACAUCUUUUGUGAUGAUGGAGUGUCUUCAGGUUUGGGCUGCAGGACUCAUGACCACUUUGGCCUUCUUCGUUAUAACUACUCAAGAAUCUGGACUUGCAGGGGCGAUGGCUCACAGAGUAGAUCACACUGAUGUGAUGAACCGAGAGCCACAUGUAGUACUGCUCAGACGGAAGAGAGAGUGGCAGUGGAACGCUCUGUAUGUGGAAGAAGAGAGACCAGCUCCUGAGGCCUACAAGAUUGGAAAGCUCAAGUCAAGUAAGAAGGAGCAAUCCAUGAAGUUUGAAAUCGAAGGCGAAGGAGCAAACAGCAUCUUCACGGUGGAUCGGGAUGGAAACCUGUAUGUCACCACAUCUCUGGACAGAGAGAAGAAGGCUUCGUACAACCUGACUGCUAGAAUGUAUGACGAAUACAACCGGCUGGUGGAGGAUGCUGGAGACUUUGUGAUUCAUGUGACUGACAUCAAUGACAACAAGCCUGUUUUUGCACAAACGUACAAUGGAUACAUCAUGGAGAGGUCUAAAAUAGGAACUUUUGUAACCAAGGUGACAGCAUCUGAUGCAGACGACCCCUCCUCUGCCAACGGAAUCGUCGGGUACUCUUUUGCCAAAGGGGGAGAUGUUUCUGCCUUCAGCAUUAGUGAAACCACAGGUGAGAUCAGCUGCAAGGUAAACACUCUGGACCGGGAGAGCAGGAGCCAGUAUGUCAUGGUGGUGAAAGCUCAGGACUUAAGAGGAGAGGAGGGCGGCCGCACGGCCACCACUUCAGUCACCAUCACCAUCACCGACGCCAACGAUAACAUGCCGUCUUUCAGCAAACUAAGAUAUGAAAUGAGGGUUCCGGAGAACCACAAGUUGAACGAGGUGAUCGACACUCUGGUGGUGACUGACAGAGAUGAGCUGAAGAACAAGAAGCCUAAAUUCAGGAUUCUGAAAGAAGAGUUCAACCAAGUAUUUGACAUCCAGCUUGAUUCCAACAAAAAUGGGAAUCUCAUGCUCAAACAGGCUUUAGACUACGAGAAAACAAGGAGCUACACGUUCACUGUCCAGGUGAAAGAAGAUCUAGAUUUUCCUGCAGACAAUCUGAACACGGCAGUCACCAGUGCACAGGUAACCGUGGAGGUGACGGACGUGGACGAGCCUCCUGUUUUCUCAGAGUCCGUCUACACCUUUGAGGUCCUGGAAGAACACAUCAGGGACAACAUCGGGAUAAUCAACGCCAGCGACCCUGACAGAGCCAACAAGAGCAUACGGUACAGCAUCGAAGAAGAGGGCUGUCCGAUCAGCAUACACCCAAUCAGCGGUCAACUGUCCACAGUGAGGAAGCUGGACCGAGAGCUGCAGGCGUCACACAUAUUCUUUGUUAAAGCGCAGGAGGAGCCAGACGGUUUGGAGUCAGUUGUAAAAGUUCACAUCACUGUACAGGACUACAAUGAUCACGAUCCGGAACUGGACGAUGUGGAUGCCUUUGUCUGCGAGAACGACAGCACCAAUACGGUAAUUGCGACAUUGAAAGCUAAAGACGAAGACGACCAACCAGCGACCUUCAAGUUCAGCUUAGCCAGGCCGAGCUCCAACUUCUCCAUCAAAGACUUGGGCAACAGCUCAGCCGUCGUCCUGGUGACGCAGGGACCCUUCAGUGCGGAUGACCCCAAAGAGUACAGCGUGGACGUGCGCAUCAGUGAUGGAGGACAGCCCGUCAAGACCAGCGUCACCAAGCUGGCCAUCAAGUCUUGCCGCUGUGAUGCUGGGAGGAUUUCCAAGUACUGUAAACCAGGAGCUCGCAGGAUGGGGGUCAGUUUUCAUGCUCUGAUAGCCAUCCUGCUCUGCAUCAUCACCAUCCUGGUCAUAGUGAUCCUGUUUGCGGUGAGGAAACGCUACCAGAAGGAUUCUCUGGCCAGCAUGAAGAACAGCGGAGAGAUUCACGAGCAGCUGGUUACGUACGACGAGGAAGGAGGAGGAGAGAUGGACACCAACGGCUACGAUGUCUCCAUCCUUUCGUCUGCCUGUCAGGAUGGCUCACUGCUGCGCCACUCGGACCACCACGCCCACCCCUCUCUGUACGCCAUGGUCCAGAAACCCCACCAUAACCCACAACCCCCUGCGUGUAAGGGCGACAUGGCAGCCAUGAUCGAGGUGAAGAAGGACGAAGCGGAUCACGACAGAGACGGAUUCCCGUACGACACGCUCCACAUCUACGGCUACGAGGGACCGGAGUCUUUAGCCGGAAGUCUUAGCUCUCUGGAAAGCUCUUCAUCCGGCUCAAACUUGGAUUAUGACUUCCUUAAUGACUGGGGUCCGAGGUUCAAGGCCUUGGCUGAGCUGUAUGGAGUAGACAGCGCCGACUACUACCACCAGUACUGACGGAGCACCAAAACAUGAUUGAAAAGAGCCAUAGAAACCCCUCACACUGUCCAACAUCAGGUGGGAAGUAUACACAGUCAUUUAUAUAUAUAUCCACAUUAAUGUUCUCUAGAGACCGCUUCAGCACUCACCUGUAACUAAGUGAAUCAUCACCAUGUUGUGACUCUGGUUUCUUCAAAUUCAUAAUCACAGAUGAACUUUAACAAUCAAAUCAAGGAUUUUCUUUGUUUACAAUGUUUUAAGAAGGAGAGAGGAACUUCAUAGGGAUGCACUCAGUUCUGCCAACAUCGCACAGGUUUUGCAGCAAGAAAACUUUCUUUGACCUUAUGAGAGGUCAAUCAGACGGCUGCUGGCCAGCGAUGUUGCCCCGAUAUCUGCAUUUAUGUCUUUACAGCACCAAACUGAAUUUUUUUGCGUCUUAUUUUGUCAGUAGAACCAGACACUAAUUUCAUUGGUAAAAUGAAGACAAUCAAGAGUUUGAGUUUUUGCUUAUGAUUGUUUGAAUAUUUCUGGAACUUGAAUCUUUUCCAUAAGGAGUCUUGUGAUGUGUUUGUUUUUCAUUGAGAAAUAUCCAGAUUUUGAGGUUUGGUGAAAGUCUGGGCAGCUUCAUGACCCAAAGCUCCAAAGGUUUUCAUGUAUUUUGUAUUUCUAAAACACUAAUGCGUAACACUACAAAGUAACACUACUAAUAAACAAUCUUAAGGUAGUUUAAGCUCAGGAACGCCAACAGAGACGUGUUGGGCAGUCAUCCAGUGAAAGGUUUUGUGAUGCUAGCAAACAGUUUAAUAUGAAUUCAAAGAAACGGAACAGGGACCUCUAUCGUUUUAUGCUGAAAACAGUCACUGAACAUGUGUGGUUUUGUCCGUUGGAGUCAUCUUCCGUCCUGACAGCAGAGCAAACAAUGGACGGGAGGAAAAGGCUCCUCUGCUGCUCCGACAGAAUUACGGUCAGGGUUUAUUUGACAGAAACUGUCACGAGCGUUUUGGCUGUGUUGAAAGCUGUGUCCUGAGAGGCCCAUUCAAACAAAAGUAAUUCACAAAAACCAGGAAGCUCCGAGUGGCUGCAGAGAGUCUGAUGAGGCUUGGAUAGGUUUAACCUCUCAUCCUCUCUGGCUUCUGUUGGGUCGAGAAUUUCUGAUCAGAAACCUGUCAAGUGAGAACUGAAAUUUACAUUUUUUAUCCUGUUUUCAUCUUAAAUCAAGAACCACCAGUGCUGCAAAUGUCAUGUCAGAGAGAAAAAUCAGUGUUAGAUAUCUCAACAAAUGAACCCCAGUUGGCAUUAGAGAACUGUCCUUAAAAACUAUUAUAAGUCAGACACUACUGGAUUACUUUUUGAAAUUCUUUAUAGAAAAAUGUAAUGUAUUAGGUUAGACUGUUUGCUUUACUGUCCUUUUUCCCAGUCUUUGAAAAUAUUCAGACUUAAUAGAUUUAGAACUACACAUCAUUUAUAGAUCACCUAUGCACUACUAACCUGAAAUGUGAAAAACUGUAAAGCUCAGGCUCAAUGGAUCCUGGGUGUUUUCUUCUAACCUCUUUCAGAAUUGGAGCCCCGAUGAAGAGCAGAGGCUCUAAAUUCACCAAACAAGGACUAUGUUUGAAUUCCCACCAUAAUCCUUAACUAAUAUAAAGCUAUAUAGUGCAGGACUAUCUAGUGCCCCGGAUUUUAAAAGCAAAUCGGACACCGUGCUCACUACUUUUAUUUUGCUUUGCUAAACGUCGGAUAUGGCGUCACCGAUUUCAGGAGCUGAAAAUCUAAUCAGUACGAACGUUUUAAGAUGUCUAUUACUCCACUGUUUUCUGAUGACGAUAAUGUGGAUAGUUUAUUUAAAAAAUUACAUUUAAACACUUUUUUCUUUUUUUCGCAAAAAUCGUUUAGCUGCAGUGCAUUGUGGUCUAUAUUCGUUAAAGUCCCCCUCUGAUGAAAAUCCU